GUUUCACAGAGUGCGGUCGGAAAAUACCUGGUGGUGAUUGAUGUGCUUUAACUGUUUGCUGAUUCAAUUAUGUACUUCUACAUGCACAUCGCUCUUUUAACUACAUAACUUAAAGACCUGUUCCCUCCCGCUUGAAUUGUACAAUGGUGUUCUCAAACUUAAACAUAUAGCAUUCAAAUCAAAGGUACCUUGGGAUACUCACUGCCGGGAUCCGCUUCCUGUUCCUGGAAAGAUAGGAACGGAGCUGGGUGCCUGUGUGUGAAACAAUAUCUCGUGUGGUGUGCCGCGACUGCUACGAUACAUACAAACACAUUGCUGGGAGGAUCCGACGAUAAGAAGAUAGCACCAUGGCUCCCAAGGGAGGCCCUGGACCAGGCAAGAGAAAUCCAACAGUGCUCGUCACGGAUUCCCGCGAUCAACAAUACCGACGCCGCUUCAAUGCACCAGCAAAUCCCGCCUCAAGAUUUAUUACCGUUGACAACGUGCUACAAUAUGCUUCUGAUAUGCCAUCCAUGCAUCAAAGACUCCCGCCCGGCCGGGUGCGGCCCCGAGCUUCAAGGAUAGGAGGUCCAGCGGGCGUCGGAGCUAGUUCGUCUGCAGUGGGAUCAGCGGGCGAUGCACGACCAAGGUCAGCAGGACGCCUUGCCUCCUUACCACAUCUCCCGCCACGAUCAACAAAGGUUAGCGAAAAGCUCGUGCUUUUACCCGAGACCGUGUUGGAAGAAGAUGAAGAUGAAGAGUUCCCGCCCUCUGCCAGAGAAGAGAUGAUCAGAGCAGGGGAGGGGAAAGCCGCUGAGGAGAGGUUACGUCGCUUACAGGCCGAGCGAAGGUUGCGAAGUCGGGAUUUCUCCGUGGACAAUGAGCUUGGACCGCUGUUGGCAGAGGAAGAGGCGCUUAUGCGUCGUCGAGUUGCGCCCGAGCAGGCGAAGAGUUAUGCUGAACGGUUGCCGAAGGCGCGUCGGGCAGAGAAACUUCCUCGUGUUACGGCGUAUUGUACGGCGCAGGGUUAUAAAAUGAGCUCUACGGCGAUGUUUGUGAAGGAAUGCCAUGGAGCGAGGACAAAGUUAUAUGACGACUGUUUGUAUACGGCGUAUCAUCUACCUUUACUCCCUGGUAGGGAUGGAUAUCGGAUCAGGAGCAGCCCGAUAAUUAGAAGCGCGGAAGGAAAAGUUGUUCUAGACGAGGAGAUUGCGAGAAAUGAGCAGCGGGAUUAUCAUGAGGAGUACUACGCUGAGCAGGAUGAGCACUCCGUGAAGGACCACGGCGCCGAGAGAAACAGCAGAUCGGACGGACAGGAUCACGAUCAAAAACCAGAGCACGAAGCGUAUGGCCACUCUCCUAGUAGAGAUCAACCCUACGACUACUAUAAGGAUGUAAGCGAGCAGGCUGAAAGCCAAUUUGCAGAAGGUUCGCCCACCGCCAGAGUGUCGAAUAUCCCACCAAAUGCGCUUUCGUUUGCAGAAAUGUUUGUUUUCAGCUAUGGGGUCGUCGUGUUUUGGAAUUUCUCAGAGAGACAGGAGAUAGACGUCCUUGCCGACCUUGCCUUUGCAUCAAGCAAAGACGGUAUCCCGAUCCCUCUCGCUACCAAUCCACUUCCAGAAGAAGAUUUUGAAACGGAAGAAUUCCACUUCGAGUACUCAACGGAAAUAUCACGUCCUCGUGUUUACAAUGAUAUGAUCACGUUACGGAGCGGAGAUCAUAUGAUAAAACUAGCAAUUAGCCAUGGGAUUGCGCAGAGUACCAAGUUGAGCUUCUUUGAAGAAGUUAUGGCAAAACAGAUGGCGGAAGCAAAAGAUGUUCCGCGAAGGUUGGCUUUGACGGGACACCUAGGCAUGAAGAGGGAGGAGGUCUUUCAGAUCAUGGGCAAGUUGUUUAAGAGUCGGGUUGAAGUGAAUCUAUCUUCAAAUAUGCUCGAUGUUCCCAAUUUCUUCUGGGACAGUGAACCGACACUUCAUCCGCUUUAUAUCGCUGUGCGAGAAUACCUAGAAAUAAAACCUCGCAUUCAAGUAUUGAACGAGCGAUGUCGGGUAUUCCUAGAUCUAAUUGAGAUACUGUCUGAUUCCAUUGCCGACAACAAAAUGUCAAGACAAACGUGGAUUAUCAUUGUCUUGAUUUUCAUCUCUAUCAUCGUCACGAUAUCCGAAGUUAUUCUUCGUUUUGGAAUCCUUUCCGCACGGCUUCCUUCGGGAGUCGCAAGCCCCACGAAGAUGCUUUCUCAACCACACCACCAUGGAGCCAAAGGCCUAUUAUAAACUGGCGUGUUUUGCUUUUGGAAUCAAGGUGUUUUUCUUCGUGUUUCGUGUUUCUUUAUUUCCGCAACAGUUUUUGGGAUGGAACAUGUGACUACAGUAGCUGGGUAUGCAUAUAGCAUGGUGAUAGCGUUUGCAAGUCUGUUUGAACUCUUCUUGGCCGUCGAAUAGGCCCGAGUAGACGGGGGAUGGCAGACUCCAUCUCGCGAUCUGAAGCUGCUUUGAAUGCAAGUUGAAACAAGUUUUCAAGCGGCGAUGUUCUGGCCCAGCAAGCGGGAUUUGAAACAUCCAGAGCGCUGGGCUCCUCCUCAUUUACACUAUCGACCUCUAUUUCUACCAAGUGGCUUUGUUAAGAUAAUGUACUAGGCAAUUAAGGAUCGCAGACACCCACCGACGGAUUCUGCAA